AUGGAUUCCCGGUGCAUCCCUGGAUCCCGGGACGCUCGGCCGAUUCCCUGGAAUUUCAGGCUCGGCUGGAGCCCUGCCCCGCUCCCGCCCGGCCCCGCCCGAGCCCAGCCCCGCCGCGGCUCCAGAGGGAAAUUCCCGGCGCGCUCCCGCUUCCCCAGCCCAGGAACACCCCUGGAGCAGCCGGGCCCCCCCCACCAUGGCCUCACCCCCCCCGCCCGCAGAUCUCCCCCGGAGCCGCCGGGCCCCGCAGGGAUGGAGGAGCUGGGCCAGGCCUUCAGCUUCGAGGACAGCGAGGAGGAGGAGGAGGAGGAGGAAGAGGAGGAUUCAGGAGCCGAUUCCUGCCCUGAUCCUGGAGCCGAUCCCGGAGCCGAUGGCGCUCUCCAGGCACCCCCACGUCGGCGGCGCCCGCCCAGCUCCGACGGGCUGGGGCUGGAGACCCAGGAAGGGAUCCCAGCACAGGUGAGCAAUGGGGAGGCUGGAGCAGAUUCCCAGAUCCGGAACCGCACCUGGAAGAGGGAGAGCAUAUGCAGAGGGGAGCGUUUCUCCUUCCCAGCCGUGGAGGAUGAGGUCAUCUACGACGAUGUUCCCUGUGAGGGCCUGGAUGUGGAGCAGGACGGCGCGGGUCUGAUCUACGCCGAGGUGCAGCGCGGGGAGGGGACGCGGCUGGACCAGGACCUGGGCUGGAGCUCCAGCGACUUCGAGAGCUACAGCGACUCCGGGGAGGAAUCCCGGCCGGAAUCGCGGCGCGACAGCGAACCCGCCAAGCUGCGCACGGCAUUCCAGCCCAAGCUUUCUCCAGACCUCCAAAAACUCAAGGAAAAAUGCGCCAGGACUAAGAGGGAGCUCCUGGCUCUGAGAGUUGGGGGGAAGGAAAUGCAGGAGCUGAAGCACAAAUCCGAUUGGAAGGUGUCACAGCUGAUGCGAGCAGCGCGCAGCGGCACCAAGGACGGGCUGGAGCGGACGCGCAUGGCAGUGCUGCGGAAGGUGACGUUCCUGCAGCGCCGGGACUGCCCAGGGGAUGGGGAGCGCAGGAGGAGCGCGGCCGAGGCCGAGAAGGUGCCGCGCUCCCGCCGGAGCUCCCGGCUUUCCCUGGAGCAGCCGAGGGGAGGGGAUUCGGAGGAGGAGGACACCGGGUUCCUGGAGGUCACCGUGUCCGACCUGCGGCACCCCCCGCCCGAGCUGGGCCCCGCGCCACAGGGGCUGACCCCGCAGCAGGUGCUCCGGCGGCACAUCCUGGGCUCCAUUGUGCAGAGCGAACGCAGCUACGUGGAUUCCCUGAAGCGCAUCCUGCAGGAUUACCGGAAGCCGCUGCUGGAGAUGGAGCCCAAGGUGCUGAGUGCCCGGAAGUGCCAGGUGGUGUUUUUCCGGCUGAAGGAGAUCCUGCAGUGCCACUCCAUGUUCCAGAUCGCCCUGGCCUCGCGCGUGGCCGAGUGGGAUUCCAAUGAGAAGAUCGGGGACCUCUUUGUGGCCUCGUUCUCCAAGUCCAUGGUGCUGGAUGUCUACAGCGAUUAUGUCAACAACUUCACCACAGCCAUGUCCCUGAUCAAGAAGGCCUGUCUCACCAAGCCUGCCUUCCUGGACUUCCUCAAGAAGCGGCAGAUGGCCAGCACCGACCGUGUCACUCUCUAUGGGCUGAUGGUGAAACCCAUCCAGAGGUUCCCUCAGUUCAUCCUCCUGCUGCAGGACAUGCUGAAGAACACACCCCGUGGCCAUGCCGACCGGCUGGCGCUGCAGCUGGCGCUCACCGAGCUGGAGACGCUGGCUGAGAAGCUCAACGAGCAGAAGCGCGUGGCCGACCAGCUGGCUGAGAUGCAGCAGCUCAGCAAGAGCAUCAGCGACCGCAGCGGCCUCAACAAGGUGCUGGGCUCGGGGCAGCGGCAGCUGCUGCUGUGCGAGACGCUGACCGAGACGGUGUACGGGGACCGCGGGCAGCUGCUCAAGUCCAAGGAGAGGAAAGUGUUCCUGCUGAGUGACCUCCUGCUCUGCGCCAACGUCAACUUCAGGUACGGCAGACCUCCUGAACUUCCCCCAGUCCCACUGACCCCAUUGUUUCCCCUCUGCAGGCCGGUGCCCUCGGGGGCGCAGCUGGAGAUCAGCAGCCUGGUGCCGCUGGGCCCCAGGUACGUGCUCAAGUGGAGCUCGGCGCUGCCGCAGGUCCAGGUGGUCGAGGUGGGCCAGGACAGCGGCACCGGGGACAAGGACGGGGCGGCCGCCGCGGCCACCGGCGCCCACCGACGCCACGGCCACAGCCACGUGCCCAGCGGGCCGGCCGCGCACAACAAGGUGUACCUGGGCCCCCCACGGCUCUUCCAGGAGCUGCAGGACCUGCAGAAGGACCUGGCUGUGGUGGAGCAGAUCACGCUGCUCGUCAGCACCUUGCAUGGCACCUACCAGAACCUGAACAUGGCGGUGGCCCAGGACUGGUGCCUGGCCCUGCAGAGGAUGAUGAAGGUCAAGGAGGAGGAAAUCCACUCGGCCAACAAGUGCCGGCUGCGACUGCUGCUGCCCGGGAAACCCGACAAGUCCGGGCGCCCCAUCAGCGUCAUGGUGGUGUUCAUCACCCCCAGCCCCCUGAGCAAGAUCUGCUGGGUGAACCGGCUGCACCUGGCCAAGAUCGGCCUGCGGGACGAGAACCAGCCGGGCUGGCUCUGCCCCGACGAGGACAGGAAGAGCCGAGCUCCCUUCUGGUGCCCCAUCCUGUGCUGCCACAUUCCAGCCUUCUCCUCCAAAGCCUUGGAUCUGCAGCUCGGAGCCGCUGUCCACAAUCCUGUCCAUUCCUCACUCCUGGGAUUCUCAGCUGUCAGCACCUCCCUGCCCCAGGGCUUCCUGUGGGUGGGAGGGGGGCAGGAGGGGGCGGGGGGGCAGGUGGAAAUCUUUUCCCUGAACCGCUCCGUGCCCCGAACCGUCAAAUCCUUCCCGGUGCCGGCCCCGGUGCUGUGCAUGGAAUUCAUCCCAGAGCCGCAUCCCGAGGAUCCCGCGGAGCCGGGAGCGUCCCUGGAGCCGGCCCCCAACACCCCCCACCCCGCAGUGUGCCUGGGCCUGCAGGACGGGAGCCUGCUGGUGUACGGCAGUGUGGAUUCGGGAACUCCGUGCCUGCAGCGCUGCCGGCUCCCGGGAUCGCCGCCCAUCCUGAGCCUCCGGCACAGCCCCGAGCUCCUGCUGGCUGGGCUGCAGGACGGACACGUGGCCGCUUUGCCCCGGAGCCAUGAGGGUUUAUGGGAUGCGGGCGCGGUGCGGAUGCUCCAGGUGGGGCCGGGCCCUGUGCGGGCGCUGCUGGCGCUGGAGGAGUCGCUCUGGGCCAGCUCCCAGAACCUUGUCAGCGUCCUGGGCACUCCCGAGCUCCAGAGCCAGCACUGUUUCGAGGCGCACCCCGACCCCGUGGCGGCCGUGACGCUGAUGGUGCGGGCGGGCAGCGGGGUGUGGAUGGCGUUUGCCCAGGGCUCCUCCAUCCGCCUGUUCCACACCGAGACCCGCGAGCACCUCCAGGAGAUCAACGUGGCCACCAGGACCACCCUGCUACAGCCGGGGCAGAAGCUUGUGCAUGUCACCAGCCUCCUGCUGUGCCAAGGCUCGCUCUGGGUGGGGACGGAUCUGGGAAUCAUUGUCCUGCUGCCUGUGCCACGCCUGGAGGGCAUCCCGAAAAUCACUGGGAAGGGAAUGGUGUCCCUGAACGGCCACGCCGGACCCGUGCAGUUCCUGGUGCUGGCUCUGAGCACUUUGGCCCCCGACGCGCUCCGGGCGGAACAGGACGAGCCCGACGAGGCUGAGGAGGAGAGAUCCCCAGAUCCAGAGGGGCUCCCGCCACGGGAAAUGCGGAAAAAAGGGAUUUUGUUACAAUACCGGCUGCGCUCCACGGCACACCUGCCCGGCCAGCUGCUCUCCGUGCGGGAAGCGGCGCCAGGAACGCCGGGAACGCCGGGACACGCUGAGGAGGAUGGAUCCAUCUACGAGCUGGCCGACGAUCCCGAUGUGUGGGUGCGAAACCGGCCCUGCUCCCGGGAUUCUUCCCGCAAGGAAAUCUCCUCUGUGGCCAUCAUCUCCGGAGGCCGCGGGUACCGGGAUUUCCGGGCAGAAUCCACGCGCCGCUCCGGAGACGCCGACAGCUCUCUGCUCAUCUGGCAGCUCCCGCUGGCGCUGUGAGCCUGCUCGGAAUUCCCAAAUUUCCUACCUCAGGAA